AUGCACUUCCUAACCCUUGCAGCAUUGCCCUUCCUUGCCUCGGCAGCAUCAGCAGCACCUACAUGCAACCGCUCCAACCUGAACAGUACCGUCGGUCUCUACACCGUCCAAGACGGCGACACCAUCGCCAGCGUCUCCAACUCCGUAAACCGCGGCAUCUGCGACAUCGCCCGACUCAACCGCAUGGCGGAUGCCAUGAUCCCCUUCUUGACGGGAGAACAACUGCUCAUCCCUCCGGAGACCUGCACUCCCGACAACUCCACCUGUCUGCUCUUCCCCAGCCCCAAUGACAACUACGCCGACUGCGUGUCCGGCGGUCCUCACACCUACUACACCGUCAAGGGAGACACCAUCCGCACCAUCGCGCUGAGACUGAAUAUCACUGUCGAAGCCCUUUCCGAAACCGCUCAGGGUGGGGUUAGUGAUCCUGAUGCACUGGUCCAGGUGGACAAUGAGUUGAAGGUCCCUCAGUGCAGUCCUAGUGUGUGUGAGGUUGAGCCGUAUCACUUCACUUAUGGCACGUACAAGGAUUUGGCCGACAAGAUUGGCUCCACUGUGGGCCAAAUUAUGGCGUUUAACCUGACUUAUAAUCACUCGGAUGUGGCCAGGGGUCAGGGUGCCGUCGUGACUUUGCCUAAGAACUGCAGGAACUUGGGUGAUAAUGUUACUGUUAUCUCUUAG